GACGUAGAUCUCGAGUGCCUGGCUGCACUCGAAGCAAAGAUGUUCGAGGAUUUAAAAGAAGCAGGAGCUGCAGGCAACCAGCAGUGGGGCUUGGAUGCAGGUCAACAUCAUAGGCGGUGGAAUCCGUAUCUCGACACGCCCAAUGAAUGGGUUUUAGGGAGAGAUUACGGCGAGCGUGAA